AUGAAAACCGCCAUAUUGGUUCUGAUUAUUUUCUACUUUAAACACAACUCCGCAUCUUCUUCUCGCUUAACUGGAGUUGAAGGAAGGGCGCACACUGAAGAACAGAAUGAUUUUUACUCAACAGUCGAAUGUGGACGGCGCUAUACAAGGAAUACUGUUUCCGAACGAAUCAUGAACGGUACCGUGGCAGAUCCGGGCAACUGGCCGUGGAUGGUGGCGCUCUAUACUAGCAACGAUACGUUUCGUUGCGGCGGCGUUUUAAUAAGCAAGCAAUAUGUGUUGACCGCUGCACAUUGUUUUGCGAACAAAGACGCCAGCUUUCUUUCUGUGCGCCUCGGAAGCACAAAUAAAACAACGUCCACAGAUUGUUUUGAUGAACAAACUCGACGUGACGCCGCAAAACAGAGUGACACAACAAAGAGCGACGCGACGCAGAACGCCAAAGUCAUUUGCGUUGACGUUGAGGAGGUCUGCGUCCCUGAUCAGGAGGACUGUACAUUUUUUAUGCAAGACAUUGCGAUAUUGAAAUUAAAAAGUCCUGUAAGCUUGACAGAUUUCAUCGAGCCAAUCUGCCUUCCGAAAAACGGCGUCGAACCGUCUUUAGACGUGCCAACCUAUAUUGCAGGCUGGGGCAAAGUCGAAGUGGUUGAAGACUUCCCCGAGUAUGACUAUUACGAAGGCUAUGAAGACCCCGAAGAAGAAAGCGAUGACGAAAGUUCAGCGGAGGAAGAAUUAAGCGAAAUGUCACCUUCAAGACCAGCAGUAAUGGUGACAGAUGCCCAAACAGAAACGCUGAGACAAAGACAGAUUUGCGUUAUUAGUAACGAGGAGUGCAAACACCAACUUAACAGAACUGUACCGGACUAUACCGUGUGCUCCACUGGAGGAACAUGUCGAGGAGACAGCGGGGGACCAUUGAUGUACGAGGAAAACGGAAAGUGGUUCCUUGCUGGAAUCCAUUCCGCAUCAGGAGGUAAUUGCUAUGAGCCAGAGGUGCCAGCGAGACAUAUAAAAGCGUCAUAUUUCGUUUCAAAAUUGAUCGAACCCUUUAUGCAGCAUCGUAAUAACAAUGAGGGAACGGAUAGUAGUGUAUGCGCCACAGCCAAGGCACGCGUAGAAUGUGUAACAAACUUUUAUGGAUCUUACAAUAUGUCAGUAGAACCCGAAACAACUGGACAAUAA